ACACGAACUGACCAUCAACGAGUUUGUCACAACUCACAAUUUCUGUUUAUAAAAAGCAUACGGGAACUGACUAUCAAUGGCGUCUACGACAGUCACGAAUUUGACACCUUUUUUCCUUGUUGGUCUCGCCUUCGUCUUGUUUUAUAGACACCCGUCUUCUUCCAUCACCCUAAACAUGACUCAAGAAACCCCCAAAUCCGUUCACGACUUUACUGUUAAGGAUAUUCGUGGAAAUGAGGUGCCUUUGAGCUCUUACAGUGGGAAGGUUCUCUUGAUUGUCAACGUUGCAUCAAAAUGUGGAUUGACUGAGUCAAACUACAAAGAAUUGAAUAUAUUGUACCAAAAAUACAAAAAUCAAGAUUUUGAAAUCUUGGCUUUUCCUUGCAACCAAUUUCUUUGGCAAGAACCAGGGACAAAUGAGGAAAUUCAGGAUACAGUGUGCACUAAAUUUAAAGCCGAGUUCCCAAUAUUUGACAAGGUUGAGGUUAAUGGGAACAAUGCAUCACCCCUAUACAAGUUUCUAAAAUCAGAAAAAGGUGGAUUCUUGGUUGAUGGCAUCAAAUGGAAUUUCACAAAGUUUUUAGUUAACAAACAAGGAAAAGUUAUCCAAAGAUAUGCCCCUAAAACCCCUCCUCUUGAAUUCGAGAAAGACAUUCAAAAUCUGUUGGAAUCAUCGUCUUCUUGAGAGACACAACAAG